CGCGGUCAUACCAGAAUACCGAUUGUUCCAAGUAAGACCCGUGUGCGCUCGCCUGCCAUUUACGCGGAUAAAAAAAAAGGGACCUCUCGAAACUGAGGGAAGAUUGGCAGGUGUUGGGGGCGCGAGGCUGCUGACGGCGGGCGCUGGGCGAAGCGGGAGGCGGCCUGACGGAGCAGCGGGAGUCUGACCGAAGCCUGGCCAAGCCCACGGACUUCACCAGGGCUCCGGGAGCUUCGCCAGUAAGCCCUUCGUACAACCAGCGACUUGGGUGGGGAUUUCUGAAAGAUUUGGAGUGGCAAGGGGUGGACUAGCGCGCGACGGCGGCGACGGGACGGCCUCCGACGGGGCAGGAUUGAGCGGCGCCGGUGAUUGUGGCGGAUACUGCAGGAUUGCCCCGACUUGCCGCGACUUACGCCCUGAGCCCCACCUGAGCCGAAUUUACCGCGCCGGAAGCCGUGACUUGGGCGCCGCGGCCGAGGAGGAACAGCACGCCAGUGAGCCAGGUCGCGUGGGGCCCCUCGGAGGGCGGCCCCGUCUGCAGGUUUGGUGGGAAGCGAGGCCCGCAUGUGAGCCGCCGUUGCCUUCGCCGCCGCCGCCGCCGCCCCCAGGAGACCCGCCACCAUGGAGGGCCUCACGUCCGGCCUCCAUGAUGGACUCUCCCUACAUGACCUCCAGCCGCCCUCACUCACCCACGACACCGCCCACACGCCCACACACGCCCACGAUCACACCCACGACCCCACUCACGGCCUCGGCCAUCGCCACACUCCCGCCCAUGACGCCCUUCACCAUCUGGAAGUCAGUCACGCCCACGACGCUGUCCACGGUCUGUCCCACGCCCACGCUUCCACCCACGGCACGCCCGCCUCACAUGCUGGCCUCGGCGCCCACCAGACGGGCGUGUCCUCAGCCCUGCGAGGUCCCCCGCCCCUCCAUCCCCUAACGCCCACUCCCUCUACGGUGCUGCCGCCCACGCCCACGGACAAGAAGCCGCCCAUUGUAGACGUGGGGGAGAAGCCGUCACAGUCGUGCUCGGCGGAGUCUGACGAUGACAAGAACAAGAAGAAGCGGCAGCGGCGUCAGAGGACUCACUUCACCUCGCAGCAGCUGCAGGAGCUGGAGGCCACCUUCGCCCGGAACAGGUACCCGGACCUCAGCACGCGGGAGGAGAUCGCCCUGUGGCUCAACCUGAAGGAGGCACAAGUCAGGAUUUGGUUCAAGAAUCGGCGGGCCAAGUGGAGGAAGCGGGAGCGCCACGCCAUGACGGCGGGGAUGCCCGGGGACCUGAAGUGUGGGUGGGGCGCCCAGCUGAACGGGUUUGCCUGGCCUGACGACGGCCUUUACUCCGGCUACUCGUCCUACAACAACUGGGCCCGCGUGACGCCGCCGCCCCUCAGCACCAAGAGCUUCGCCUGGGGCUUCAACGGCGUCAACAUGAUGAGUCAGCAGCCGUCGGCCAUGUCGCCCAUCAACUGCUUCCAGACGCCCACGCAGGGCAUGAGCAGCUCCACCAACCUCAUGCCCACCACCAUGUCCUCGUCCCUGGGCUCCAGCGCCGCGCCCUGCCCCUACCCCGCCCCGACGCCGCCCUACGUCUACCGCGACCAGACCUCCACCAUGUCCUCCUCCAUCGCCUCCCUCCGCCUCAAGGCCAAGUCACACUCCCCCGCCUUUUCCUACGGGCCCGUGUCGCCCCGCCAGAACUCGCUCUCCGCCUGCCAGUACUCCAUGGGGGACCGCUCCACCGUCUAAGGCGGGGCAAAAUCGUACGCCCUGCUUUGUUGUACAGUAAGGCUGCAGGUGGCGCGAGGACGCCGCGUGGCAUGGGCGCUCGAGGACCCAAGUACUCCGGACAUCCGGGCCGCAGCUUCGCCAGUGCCACGGAAUGUGUGGGCACCCCGCACACGAGGUGGAGUGUGGAGGAGUGAGGGAAGCAUGACUGUGUGUGUGAGCGUGUGUGUGCAUCUGGAGUGUGGUGGAGGUGUGGAGGCAGACUGAUGUAUCCAGGGUGAGGUGUCCUGGGCCGGCAUCCUCAGACUUGUGCCACUAAGAGGUCCAGUGUCCUGUGCCAGCAGUGGCACCCAAGCAUCAGUGCCCCGCGGCGCGAGGACAGUGCCCAGAAUGCAAUAGACCAGCCAGCGGCGAGCCCCUCCGUAUGCCGAUGCUGGCGCGGCGUGGAUGCCAUGUGUGCCAUUGCCGUGUUGCGUCGUGCCAUGUCUCGGUGACGGGAGUGCCGGCAGAGGCGUGUGAGGCGGUGCUGAGUGGCAAAGGAAGACCACUAACCCUCCUUUCUAGCCAUGAGAAUGCCGAAAAGAGACACUUAUCACUCGCUACAGCCACACGGAACUCCACCGCCGUCGCUGCAGCAGGAGGAGGCUGCCGGCUGGUCACCGUCACCGCGGGGUAUCAAGAGGCUCCGCUAAGGCCGCUGGUGAGCCAAUGCCCCGCUAGCAGAGGCGAUAACAGCCCAGCACAAGAGGACCAGGGAGGGCGCGCACCUGAAACCCAAACGCACCUGACGUAAGCUAAGCAAGUUUUCUGUAGCAGUUCAUCUCAGUGCGAGGAGAAGAAUGAUCUGUGUGGAUCUGUCGCCCCUCGCCCCGCCCGUGUGUGGGAGUGUGUGUGGGGGGGGGAGGGCUGGGGGCUAAGGAGCAAAGGGCGGGGCUGAAGGAGGCGAGGGCGUGGGAGGCCUACUGUUCGUUAUAAGCUUUCUAACAGUGUACAUAGUUUCCCUUUCUCGUAAACGCUGUGAGUGAUGCAAAGUCUUCCAAAACAGUUAGGUGUCAUUUCCCAAGCACCAAAAAAAAAUCCAUUAUUAUUAUUAUUAUUAUUAUUAUUAUUAUUAUUAUUAUUAUUAUUAUUAUUAUUAUUAUUAUUGUUAUCAUUAUUAUUGUUGUUGUUAUUUUAUAUAAUUUUACAUUAGACAUACCUUUUGAUUUUGAUAAGUUUUCUUUUUUCUUCACUGCUUUAUAGUCUUUCGUUUUCUUUUCAGUUGCCUAAGAAUGUUGAGGUUUCCAUAGCAACUGAAAAAAUAUUAGUAACACAUAGUUAGACAGGGGGAAAUAAAAGGACGUGUGUGUUUUUAUAGUCUUCGAGCAAAAUUAGAUUAUUAUUAUUAUUAUUAUUAUUAUUAUUAUUAUUAUUAUUAUUAUUAUUAUUAUUAUUAUUAUUAUUACCGUAGCGAGGGUUGCGUCCUCAUCUGUACAGCUUCUCGUGUGUGUGUGUGUGUGUGUGUGUGUGUGUGUGUGUGUGUGUGUGUGUGUGUGUGUGUGUGUGUGUGUGACCUGUAUUCCUAUUCAUUUCAACACCAUGUAUAUGUAUGUAUAGCCUGGAUGCUUCGCUGUAUUUAUAUGUGGCCAUGUAUACUGCAGGAGGAGGAGGAGAAGGAA